AAUGCAGACAAUAAUCAACUAUCACAAGAACAUAAUACCUUCCCUUUUUCUUUUUCUUUUUCCUAUUUCUUUUAUCAACUAUGGAGCAAGAACUUAUUGAGUUACUACUAUUUUCAAAAAAGGCACUGUCAACAGGGAAAACAAUUUGUGCUCAAGCUAAUACUUGUCUACAGACUUCAGAACAGCAUGUAGAAACAAUUGCAAAAAUUCAUCCAAAAUUAGUUUUUGUGAAUAAUCAUAUUAUUGUACAAACAAAAAUAGUAGAGCAAAUAAAAGACUAUCUGGAUGCUCAAACCGAGUCUUGUAAAGACAGAAUCAAGGAACAUGAAACUCAUUUACAAACAUUGACACUCGAACUGACCAAUGUAUUUAACUUGUUAAAAAAACGUAAAAUCGAUAAAGAUAUAUUACAAGUGAAUAAAGAAAGAAUGAAUGAUAGUCAAAGUCAACAUGAAUAUAAAAGUUUAUUUGACUACAUUUCUGAUCAAGGAAUUAUUGAACUACAAAGACAAGCAGACGAUGAAAUUGGUGAAAUAGAAACAGUGAAUAACUUGCUACAAAAACAAUCCAAAAUGAUAUCAACGUUUCUACUAGAGAUAACAAAGUCAAAAAAUAAUGCCUUGUUGCCUAUUGCUUCAUUAGAUGUAGCAUUUUCAAACGAAAAGAUACAGGCUCAAGAAGAUGAGAUAUCGAAUAUGGCAGAAAUUCUAAUAAGUCUAACAAAUCAUUAUGAUCAAUUAGGUGAGGCUAUGAGAAUAUAUCAAUCAGAUGUAGAAAGGCGUGAUGAAUUAGAUAUUACUGUGUUGAAAGAUGAUCAUGAACAUAUACCCCAUAUUUUAGAAGAUUUAGGAAAUAGAUUAUAUAUUGUGGAAUCUAUAAAUGAAGAAAUUGAAGUUCGUGUACAGCUUUAUUUAAAAGUAAAAGAUGAUUUAAUCAAAAUAUUAAAUCAAUUUGAAUCUUUUGGUGAUGGACAGGCUAAAAUGAUAUUAGAAAAGAUGCUAGAUACAGAACAUGAAAUAAAAGAAAGAGAAUUAAAUCUAGAAGAAUAUUUCAAACAAUUGUCCUCCUUAGCUGAAUGGUAUAGAUGCUAUGCUUCUUCAUAUAACUAUUUAUUAUUAGAAAUUGAACGAAGAAAGAGAGCUCAAGAGAAGCAAGAUUCAAUUAGAAGAGAAUUAUUAAAGUCAUUUGAGGAAGCUUAUCAUGAUGAAUUACAAGAACGAAGAUCAUGGGCAGCACAACAUGGUCAAUAUUUACCAGAAGUACUUUGCCCAUUUAUUAAUGAUUCUCCUUCAAUGUUAAGAAUAGAAAUAGAAAGUGAAUCGAAAAGAUUACCUAAUCUGUCAUCAGAAAGCAUUAAAAGAGCAUUAGCAGAGAUACAUAAUAAUAAUAAUAAUAUUACUACCACAAAUACCACUAUUACUGAUAGCAAUACCAGCGAUGCAUGUUAAUCAUAUUUAUAUUUAUA